AUGACUGUGCUGAGCACCAACAAUAACACAAUCAUCACUCUGUCAGACUUGGAGGGCCGUGUUCAGGCGUGGGCCUCGGGGGGCACCCUGGGUUUCACCAACGCUCGCAAGUCCACAACCCACGCCGCUGAAGCCGUGGCCGCCCACAUGGGCGAGAAGGCGCGCAACUUGGGAUUCACGACGGUGACGGUGCGGGUGAAGGGGAUGGGGUACGGCAAGCAGAAGGCGGUGCGCGUUCUGCACUCGUCCGGCCUGCGCGUGACCAGCAUCGAGGAGCGCACCCCCGUGCCCCACAACGGCUGCCGCCUGCCGCGAAAACGCCGCACCUGA